AUGUGCUCGCGAGAGUGCCAGAGCAAGAUGGGGCGCCAGGCAGGAGGCGAAUCUUCUUUGGGGGCGCGGAGUUGUGCGGGCUUGCGACCUUGGCCGACAUCGGGGCUUGGCAGCGAGCUGUCUCUAGUUGUAAGCCCAGCACUGCACGUGGCCACCGCCUCAGAAGAUUUCACUGCGAAAAUCUGGUGCGUGGGCUCAGGAGAGUGCCUGCGCACGCUGGAGGGUCAUUGGAGGUCCGUGAUGGCCGCCGUGUUCUCGCCAGACGGGCAGCAGGUGCUGACCGCUUCGCAGGACCGCACGGCGAAGAUCUGGUGCGCGGGCUCCGGGGAGUGCCUGCGCACGCUGGAGGGCCACCAGAAGACUGUAAGGUCCGCGGUGUUCUCGCCGGACGGGCAGAGAGCGCUGACCGCUUCGGCCGACGGUACGGCGAAGAUCUGGUGCGCGAGCUCUGGGGAGUGCCUGCGCACGCUGGAGGGCCACGAAAGCUCCGUGAAGUCCGCCGUGUUCUCUCCGGACGGGCAGCAGGUGCUGACCGCCUCGAUCAACGGCACGGCGAAGGUCUGGUGCGCGGGCUCCGGGGAGUGCUUGCAAACACUGGAGGGCCACCAGGGCACCGUGAUGUCCGCCGUGUUCUCGCAGGACGGGCAGCAGGUGGUGACCGGCUCGGACGACGGUACGGCGAAGAUUUGGUGCGCGGAUUCUUGGGAGUGCCUGCGCACGCUGGAGGGCCGCCAGGGCACCGUGAUGUCCGCCGUGUUCUCGCCAGACGGGCAGGAGGUGCUGACCGCCUCGCAGCAUCGGACGGCGCAGGUCUGGUGCGCGGGCUCCGGGGAGUGCCUGCGCACGCUGGAGGGCCACGGGAGCGCCGUGAUGUCCGCGGUGUUCUCACCGGACGGGCAGCAGGUGCUCACCGCCUCGGAGGACGGCACGGCGAAGAUCUGGUGCGCGGGCUCUGGGGAGUGCCUGCGCACGCUGGAGGGCCACCGGACAGCCACGUCUUGGGCUGUGUGGUCGGCCGCGUUCUCGCCGCCGUAG